AUGUUUAUCGCCAAAUGUCUCUUUUAUUACACAGACCACUGUGGAGAAGCUUAUUGGGGAGAUGGUUUUUAUUUGCAUUCACACCUUUUGGAAAGAGCCGCUAAAUCAAGUUCUCAUUUAGGUGAAGGAAGUAUGAUUGCUUUACUAAUAGUUGAGACUCAAUCGGGAGAUGUUUCGGCUUAUAUUCCUACUAACGUAAUUUCCAUUACAGACGGACAAAUAUUCUUAUCUACCAAUCUAUUCAACGUCGGAAUCAAACUUGCUAUUAAUGUGGGUAUUUCUGUAUCUAUAGUAGGGUCUGCAGCUCAAAUUAAAGCCAUGAAACAAGUAGACCAAAUUAAAUUAGAAUUGGCACAAUUCGCAGAAUUAGAAGCCUUUGCAUAAUUCACUUCUGAUCUCGAUAAAGCUACUCAGAAUCAAUUGGCAAGAGGUCAAUGAUUACGUGAGUUGCUCAAACAAUCUCAAUGAGCCCCUCUCGUGGUGGAAGAACAGAUAAUGACUAUUUAUACUGGAACCAAUGGUUAUCUUGAUUCAUUAGAAAUUGGACAGGUAAGGAAAUUUCUCGUUGAGUUUCGUACUUAGCUAAAAAUGAAUAAAUCUCAAUUCCAAGAAAUCAUAGCUUCUACCGAGACAUUUAUCGAGGAAGCAAAAGGCCUUUUUAAAGAAGCUAUUCAGGAAUAGCUGGAACAUUUUCUACUUCAGGAACAAGUAUAA